GGUCUGGCCUGGCCCCGCCUCUCUCCCACAGGCAGGAAGUGCGCGCAUAGGGCGGGCCCAUGGGCGGGCCAAAUGCUGCUGGUCACCAAACUUUACCCCUCUGUAGUGAAGUUGACCGAGAGGCCUCCUGGUGCUCCUGACUCUGACUAGCAGACGGGAACAACUCCAACAGCUUGUUGGCUGCGUUAGUCAUCAUUCUGCGUGGAAACGUGUGCUGCUGAAAGCACCAUCUCAGAGCUCGGAUUAGAACACAUCAGGGAUCCACAACACAUCACGGUACCGGGAGGAUGGGACGGUUCACCUGAGCGACGUCUUCACGGAUUACGGUGGAACAUGUCAAGUACAGCCCUGGAAUCUCAAACGCUGACCCAGAGAUCACAUUCAAAGGAUGAUGGCUUUGUAGCACCCCAGGUUCCAGGAAAUACUCCAAAGAAGUUAUCAGGUCCCUGUGCAGUGUCAGUGGAGAACCAGCUGACCAUGGGUCCCCUCACUACACCGAAAAAAGGAAGGGAAGUAGGCUCUGUUGACCCCUGGACCCCAACCUCCAACCUUAAGAUGCUCAUCAGUGCUGCUAGUCCUGACAUCAGGAACCGAGAGAAGGAGCUGUGCAUGGACGGUCUUGACCCGUCACAGGACACAGAAAAUGGAGAAGAGUCAGAGAAAAUGAUCAGCAGGAAAGAGAAGAGUCUGGGUUUGCUCUGUCAUAAAUUCCUGGCCCGCUACCCGGAUCACCCAGACCCUGCCCUCAAAAACUACAUCUGCCUGGAUGAUGUGGCCACUGAGCUCAGUGUAGAACGCCGGCGCAUCUAUGACAUCAUGAACGUGCUGGAGAGCCUGCACAUGGUGAGCCGUUCAGCCAAGAACCGCUACACGUGGCACGGGCGGACCAAACUGGCUCAGACUCUGGCCAUCUUGAAGCAGGUGGGCGAGGAGCAAAGGUACGGCCAGCAGAUGCUGCACAUCCGGCAGCGUAUCCUGGACAGGGAGUUUGACCUUGACGGGGAGGAGAAGGAGAACGAGGAGGUGGUGGAGCUGGAGAGUGGGGAGCAGGGACUGAAGGAGCUCUUCUUUGUGGAGCUUCCAGGAGUAGAGUUCAAAGCAGCCUCGGUUAACAGUCGGAAGGACAAAUCUCUGAGGGUGAUGAGCCAGAAGUUCGUCAUGCUCUUCCUGGUGUCUAAUCCUCGCGUGGUCAGUCUGGACGUGGCCGCCAAGAUCCUGAUUGGAGAGGACCAGGGCGCAGAUCAAGACAAGAACAAGUUCAAGACCAAAGUGCGCCGGCUGUAUGAUAUCGCUAAUGUGCUGCGGAGCCUGAAGCUCAUCGAGAAAGUCCAUGUGACAGAAAUGAGGGGGAGGAAACCGGCCUUUGAAUGGGUCGGCCCCGAAGAAUUCCCACAAGUCAAAGACUUGGAGAACUCCACGUCCGAAUGCUCUACCAAGAAGAAAAGUGUACUGGAGUCCCGCGCGUCUGUAGACAACUGUGCCAAAAAGCUAUUUUCAUCGCCCGGGGCGAAACGCAGCUUCACCCGGCACCCCUCCCUCAUAAAGCUGGCCAAGAGCAUUCAGGACGACCGCCGGAAGAUCAACUCUGCCCCCAGCAGUCCUGUCAAGAGUUCCCUCAGCGACUCAUGGAACACUGACUUCCCAAACAAAAUGGCCCAACUUGCUGCUAUUUGUAAGAUCGAGCUUGACCAGAAGGCGCCGACUGGAGCUGAGGAUCCAAAGCCUGCUGCUGCUGUGAGGCUAGAACCGACCUCCUCUGUUUCAAUGGAACCGCCUCAGGCACCGCUACUAACUCCAACCCAGGAGACCAGAGUCAACACUACUGUCCACCUCACCCCCAACACGCCGCUGGCAGCCCUGCCCGCGGGCUCCGUCGCCUACAUCCCCGCACAGUGUUCACCCCUAAUCCCCGUCCUGUUACAUCAGCCGCGUGGGAGCGGGCCCUACGCCGUGUAUAUGCACACUUCUUCCCCCAGGCCAAACCCUCUGGCCAGGCCGCAGCCGACCAGCCUCGCUGUGCGCUCUAUGACCUUUGAGGAUAAGACUGGGCAGAGCCCGACGGGCCAGUGUGCAGCGAAGAGCUGGCCGGCCGUCAGGGCGUCAGACGUCAGCCCCUUGGCGCUCAAACGGCUGCGAUCAGAUUCAGCCUUAGAGAGUAGCCCCUCCAAAGCCAAGAGGACCGACCCCAACUUUAAGGACGCUUCUCCUAAGCUGUGUGAGAUCCUGCAGGCCCGUCUGAAGACCCGUCGCGGCACUCAGCAAUCGAGCCGGUCCUCGCCUCGCGCCCUCCAUCUGGACCCGGAGUUCGUCAACACCCCCGGCGGUGCUGCAGCCAGUCAGACACUAGAGCAGAGUUUGGAGACCUUUCUGGACAGAGAGGACAAGACGGCGAACUCCGACAGCGAGGCGAGAUUAACACCGGUCAGAAUCGUACCCUUCACGCCAGGACAGCUCCACGCCGAGACUUUAGUCCCGGCCGGAUACCUGAUCCCGAUCUCCCAGCAGUCCCUCAUCGGCUACAGGGAAAGUCAAGAUUCAGGGAGAGAAAGCAGCAGGGCUUCAACUCCCACUUACAACAUCUACCAAACACCAACUGCAGGCUCCAGAGCUGCCCUAGCUCAGGAGAUUACACCCACCAGCCUUCGUCUUCACAGAUCAGCCGCUGCCUCGCCACACGCCAUCCAGCAGGCCCACCGCCUCCACAGCCCCAGCCCUGCCAUCCUCAACUUCACCCUGCAGAACCUGGGUCUGAUCUCAGGCUCCAGCCCAGGGAACACCUUCGCCGCCCCCCAGACUCCAGAGUGUGCCAACACCCUGUCCAGCCCACUGCCGGGCCCACUGGCUCUGCAGCAGAGAGGCAUGGUGUUCAUCAAACCCGUGUCCCCUGUGCCUCUCCAGCAGGCUGUGUCAGGGCAGCCAAUGGCCCUGUUCAGUGUACAACAGCCUCUGAUGACCACCCCCAAAGGGACAGCGCUCCCCCAGCAAAGCUUCUUCCAUACGCCGGUCCCCGUCUCCCCCCUGGCUGCCAUGGUAACCACCAGUGGACACCUGGCCACCAAAACUGUUUACAUCCCUCAGAGGAAGCUGGACGUGGCCACAGAGGACUCCUGAAAGGAACCCCUGUGAUGACUGUACAUUAUGUAUGUGUGUGUGUUGUGGGUGGGUGUCUUUUAUUUUCUGUCUGGUUAGCAUUUUACAGUAUUCAUUACCUCUGAACAUUUCACUUCAUUCUCAUCGCAGCCAGCUCUAAAGCAGCUUCGGCCCAGUGGACACAUUUCAAAUCAAGUUCACCAGAAACUCAUGAACACUGUGGUCAUGAGUAGAAGUUGUAUUUCCAGGACUAAAUUUGCAUAAUUGAAUGGAGGAGCGUUAAAUAUUCUUGUUGAUUUCUUUUUUCUUUGUUAAUUUUCUGCUAAUGGGGGUGAUGUGAACACCAAUUUAAAAAUCAGUGCUGUAAAGAGCAACACACUUAACGUAAGUCAGAUGAACGUUUUGACUGAAAGAUAAGUUUGAUUGGACACAUUGUUGAUGGAUCAUUUUGUCUCUAAGUUAAACCCAAUGAGACGGCUUUUGCACAUAUGUACAUGUUGACUGUUAGCCCUGUCCAAAUGGACUUGUGAAGAAGAUGUUAAUGUUUGUGAUUCUAAGACUAAUCAGAUGAGUUUAAUUUAUAAGGAAAUGACCUUCGUUUUCUGACGUCCUGCUAAAUGUAAAAUGCUAAUUGAAUUUUAAUACAUUGUUUUCUAUGAACAU